ACAUCUUCAAAGUGGUAUAGUUGUAAGAGAAGCUAGCAAACUUAAUUUUUUUAAAUUAGCUGUAAUAAAAAUUAUUGGAAGCAUGUUUUAAGUUUGUAUUUCUGAAAAUGUUUUUAAAGAGUUGUGAAGUUGCAACUGCCCUAGAAAAUCGAAGCCACAAGGUCCGGUAUUCAGAGACAGUGGAAAAUGGAUCAGUUAUAUUUUCUCUUUCUGGAGUUGCAUUUUUAUUGAUGGAUGCCAAAGAAUGUCUUAUGUCAGCUGAAGAAGUAUUUCUAGCCAAAAUUGAGAAGUUUAUAAACAUUCACCAGAAUAGUUUUUUGGUUCUAUCUGCUGCCCUCCAUGGGCCUGAGGAAUGGAAAUUGAUGUUCAGGAUUCAGCAGAGAUUCCUGGGUAGUAACUUACGGAUACUUCCAGUACACAACACAGGAAAUGCUAUUAAUCUCAUGUGCACUAUAGCUAAGACCACCUCCAAGCCAUACAUAGAUAGCAUCUGCUACAGAAUGAUAACAGCUAAAGCUUACAUCAUUGAACAAAGUCCUGUUUGGAAAACACUUCAGAAGAUAAAACUGAGUAGUGAUUAAUUUAACUCAAAUUAG